CUCCACGGUUGCCCCAUGCGGCCGUCGAGCCAAUGUCUGCGGCCGCAGCUGUCACGUUCUGCCCACUCGAGAUGAACCCUCUUGGCAUGCAACGUCUGGUGGUCAUGGACGCCGCCGCGUGGUUGAUCAGGGUUUCAUACUUAACCACUCUCUGUCCGACCUGAGCUUCUUUCCUCAAGCAGCUCCUCAAUUCUCUACCCACCCCAGUUGAUCUCAAGUCCUACCAAGGCCACCGCUGUCAUGGACGCUGGACAAGAACUUACUGGGCAAGCCCUCACGGCCAAGUAUGACUGGAUCCUGGCCCUCACCUCGAUCGCCUUCGUGUUCAGUUGUGCUAGCAACGGUGCCAACGAUGUCGCCAACUCGUACGCCACUUCGGUCGCAGCGCGCACCCUGAAGAUGUGGCACGUCGGUAUCAUGGCCGCCUGCACCGAGUUCAUCGGUGCUGUGGCCCUGGGUAGCCGGGUCACCGACACCAUCAAGUCUGGCAUCAUCACCCCGGACCGUUUCGAAAAUGCCGCCAACCCUGGGACCUUCAUGCUUGCCAUGGGCUGCGCUGAGGUGGGCUCUGGUGCCUGGCUGACUACGGCCACCUUCCUCGGAUGGCCUGUCUCCACGACCCAGUCUAUCGUCGGUGCAUUGGUCGGUGUUGGCUUUGCUACCCAGGCCGAUAUCACCUGGGAGUGGACCAAGGGAAGUGUCUCUCAAACCGCCGCAUCCUGGGGUAUCGCCCCUGGCAUUGCAUGUGGCUUCUCUGCCAUCAUCUUCGGCACCCUCAAGUACAGCGUCCUCGAGCGCAGUGACCCGUUCAAGUGGGCGAUGCGACUGAUCCCCUUGUACAUUGCCCUAACCGGUGGCGUCCUCGCCCUCUUCAUCACCAUCGAAGCCCCAACCGCCCCUGAUAUCGAAGAGUUCGGUGCGGGCAAGGCCGUUGGUAUUAUUCUCGGCUGCUUCUUCGGCUGUAUGGCCGUCGGCUACGCCUUCUUCAUCCCCUACUUCCACCGCCGCCUCGUCAAGAUGGACUCCCGCAUCCGCUUCUACCAUCUCCCCCUCGGCCCCCUCCUCUGGAUGGAAAACCCCCCCCUCUACCGUCCUUAUCAAGGCGAAUGGACCAUCACAAACCACUACGAAGACGCCUACGGUAACGUCCAAGCUGGCUCCAAAGACAACAACAAACACGCCCCCGAGCACCCAGACGAAAAGAAGCCCAAGGACACCGACAUCGAACGCGACCCUGAAUCUGUCGCCUCCAGCCCCGAAAUCCAGCCUAAGAAACACAUCGUCGAACCCGAGGAGCGCUUCCUCGACCCCGUCCGCGACCUCUCCUGGGCUAACCCCCGCAAGUGGUGGGGAUACCUCAAGUACGGCCUCCUGCAGGGUGUCACCCGCGAUGUCAUCACGCACGACUCCGCGCUCCUCCGCGACAUCCACUCCCGCGCGAAACGCUACGACGACCGCAUCGAACACAUGUGGACAUACUGCCAAGUUGUCUCGGCCAUUAUGAUGUCCAUCGCUCACGGUUCCAACGAUGUCGCCAACGCCGUCGGACCCUGGGCUGGUUCGUACAACACUUUCCGCACGGGAGAGGUCAACACCGAGGCCGGUACCCCUGUCUGGUUCCUCGUCAUCGCUGGUUUGUUGCUCGGUGCUGGCUUCUGGGUCUAUGGAUUCCAUAUCAUGAGGGCGCUAGGAAACAAGAUCACGCAGAUGUCGCCAACGCGUGGGUUCUCGACGGAAUUGGGUGCUGCCAUUACCGUGCUGCUUGCCUCGAGGUUGGGAUUGCCAGUUUCCACGACCCAGUGUUUGACCGGUUCGGCUGUCGGCGUUGCUCUGAUGAAUUAUGAUCUUGCCGCCAUUAACUGGCGCCAGAUUGCGUUUAUCUUUUCCGGCUGGGUGUUGACUCUCCCUUGUGCUGGGUUGAUUUCUGGCCUGCUUUGCUUGAUGGCCUUGAACACGCCUCAUUUUUAGGAUACUUUCCUUUCUCUUUUUCUUUUCCUUUUUAUUCUGUAUAGGGUUGGAUGAAUGGUGCUGUUAGACUAUACCCAAAAAUAAUUUGAUGCUACAUACUUGCAUUCCUGACAUUGUCAUGGUCGACGAACCUCUUUACGUUAGACACCUAGUUCUUAAUACUGCUAUUAUACCCUUAGAUAAGACAUUCUCUUCAGCAUAUCACUGCGC